UACGUGUGUGUUAGGAGCUAGCAGCAUUUAGGAGUGUGUGGUCUCCUGUGGGUGAGCAGUGUGUGUUCUCCCGUGUGUGUGCGUUCGUUAGGGUGUGUGUGUAUCUACAUCUGGACAGUGUGUGCUGGCCUCUCCUGGGUGUGUGUGUGUGUCAUCUGGAGAGAGUGUUACGCUGCUACGCCAUGAACGGAGUGUUGGGACUCCUGCUGCUCCUGCUGUCAGCUGCAUCUACUUACGGGCUGGACUCUGUGUGUGAUGCUACUCGGGAUGCUAGUGUGUGUUAUGGGGCUCUGGGAGGACCUGUGAUGCUGCAGCUGAACAGCUCAGGGUAUACACUGGAGUUUAAGAAUGAAAAAGGCAGGGUUUUUGCUAUUAGAACCAGAAAACUGCUCGCUCCUCCAUCACCCCUGAACUGGCAGGUUGUAGCUGAUAACGGGACCCUGAUCAUCAACCCUGCUGAGCGAAACGACUCAGGAAUAUACACAGUAGAGAUUAUUGGCAAUGAUGGAAGAACAGGCAAGCACAUAGUCAGCCUGAUGAUUGAAGCUCCUGUGUCUAAUCUGGACCUGUCAAUCAGCUGUUCAGCCAAUGGGGAGAGGAGGGUGAGCUGCUCGUCCAAUGGGGACAGUCCUGAGUUCAGCUGGUCUCUGGAUGGACGGGCUCUGAGUGGAGCUGAUGCUGAUCUCAGUGCAGGUAACCAGACUGUCCUGCUGAAGGGGAACGUGAUUGGACAACUCAGCUGCACCGUCUCAAACCACGUCAGCACAGCCAACAUCACCAAACUCACACGCUGCCCAGGUGAGUCCACUACAGUGUGUGUGUCUACUGCUAAUCCUCCUGCCUCCACUUCUCCCCCAGCGACAAGUGAGUCAUACAAGUACACGGUGGCUAUAGUGACGUCUUCCCUGGUCAUGAUGUUGGUGAUUCUGUGCUUGGCAAUGGUGUACAUCUGGAAGAGGAAACAAAACAAGACUCACACACCAGCAGCUGGGCCGGAGAGGAAGGAUGAGGAUGAGGAGCUGGUCUACAUUCAAGUGACAGCAACCAGCAGAGGAGGAGGAAGAGCAGACAGGAAAAGGGAAGUGGAGGAUGUGGUGUAUUCAGACGUUGCCAUGGAGAGAAGACGUAGUAGAAGGAAGAGCAGGAAACCCUCAGCUGGUCAG